CCUCUCUGGCCAAUGACAGCCCAUCAGUGGAUCUCAGCCCACUACUCGGAACCAGCUGCAGAGGGCUGCAAUGGGACGGAAGCCAUGAAUGGUGCCGCCUCCGGCCCCGCCACCGCCGCCACCCCGGUCCCGGACUGGCGGCAGUUCUGCGAGCUGCAUGCGCAGGCGGCCGCCGUGGACUUCGCGCACAAGUUCUGCCGCUUCCUGCGGGACAACCCAGCCUACGACACACCGGACGCCGGGGCCUCCUUCUCCCGCCACUUCGCCGCCAACUUCCUGGACGUCUUCAGCGAGGAGGUGCGCCGCGUGCUGGUGGCCCAGGUGGCCGAACACCCCGACGCCAUGGAGCCCGAGCCAGCGGUGCUCAAAGCGGCGUCCUGCGGCCACUCGCGGAGCUCGGAGGACGUGUCAGCAGCGCACGCGGUAGCCAAGGCCCGUGUCCGCAAGGGCUUCUCCCUGCGCAACAUGAGCCUGUGCGUGGUGGAUGGCAUGCGUGACAUGUGGCACCGGCGUGCCUCUCCCGAGCCCGAUGCCACCCCACGGGCCACCGAGUCCCUGGCCGAGCCACGUGACAAGUGGACAAGGCGCUUGCGGCUGUCGCGGACGCUGGCAUCCAAGGUGGAGCUGGUGGACAUCCAACGCGAGGGCGCACUGCGAUUCAUGGUGGCAGACGAUGCAGCCACGGGCCCAGGUGGCACUGCCCAGUGGCAGAAGUGCCGCCUGCUCCUGCGCAGGGCUGUGGCAGGCGAGCGCUUCCGCCUGGAGUUCUUCGUGCCACCCAAGGCCUCCAGGCCCAAGGUCAGCAUCCCUCUCUCAGCCAUCAUCGAAGUCCGCACCACCAUGCCCCUGGAGAUGCCGGAGAAGGACAACACAUUUGUGCUCAAGGUGGAGAAUGGAGCCGAGUACAUCCUGGAGACCAUCGACUCACUGCAGAAGCACUCGUGGGUGGCUGACAUCCAGGGCUGCGUGGACCCGGGGGACAGCGAGGAAGACACAGAGCUCUCCUGUGCACGGGGAGGCUGCCUGGCCAGCCGCGUGGCCUCCUGCAGCUGUGAGCUCCUCACGGAGGUGGACCUGCCCCGGCCCCCCGAGACGACAGCAGCCGUGGUGACAGCCCCACACAGCCGAGCUCGAGAUGUCAUCAGCGAGUCCCUGGUCCAUGUCCCACUGGAGACCUUCCUGGAGACCCUGGACUCCCCGGGCGGCAGCGGUGGUGACAGCAAUAACACAGGGGAGGAGGGCUCAGAGCCAGAGCCCGAGGUGGCCCCUGGGCUGGAGCUGUCCGACUACCCCUGGUUCCACGGGACACUGUCGAGGGUCAAGGCAGCUCAGCUGGUGCUGGCAGGCGGGCCCCGGAGCCAUGGCCUCUUCGUGAUCCGCCAGAGUGAGACUCGGCCUGGGGAGUAUGUACUGACUUUCAACUUCCAAGGCAAGGCCAAGCACCUGCGUCUGUCCCUGAAUGGCCAUGGGCAGUGCCACGUACAGCACCUGUGGUUCCAGUCGGUGCUUGACAUGCUGCGCCACUUCCAUACCCACCCUAUUCCACUGGAGUCAGGGGGCUCCGCAGAUAUCACCCUGCGCAGCUAUGUGCGGGCGCAAGGCCCCCCACCUGACCCCGGGCCCUCGCCCAGCGCCGCGCCCGCGCCCCCCGCCUGCUGGAGCGAGCCGGCCGGCCAGCACUACUUCUCCAGCCUCGCCGCCGCCUGUCCGCCCGCCUCGCCCUCGGAGGCCGGCGGCGCCUCGUCGUCUUCCGCCUCGUCGUCCUCGGCUGCGUCCCUGCCCGCCGCCCCGCGCGCCGCCGAGGGCCUGCUGAGCGCUCGCAGCCGCAGCAACAGCGCCGAGCGGCUGCUGGAGGCGGCGGGCGGUGCGGACGAGCCCCCCGAGGCCGCGCCCGGCGAGGGCCCGCGAGGCCGCCCGCGGGCGGUGGAGAACCAGUACUCCUUCUACUAG